UGGGUUGAACUCUUUAUUGGGUUGAAGGAGUAAUGAGAUGAAUUGCUGUUUUCUUCUCUUACAAAUAGGAACAAGGCCACCCUCUGCUGCCAUCUCAGGCUACACCAUGUUUCCUCUGGAACGAAUUCUGUUGGUGGUGUUUACAGUGUCCUCCCCUACAUGCUUGCUGGCAUCAGUUGCUGGGACUACAAUACAGGGAAAAGUGGGCCAGAACAUCACUUUACCCUGUCAUUAUUCUACUGUGGAAAAUGGGAUCAGAACCGUAUGCUGGGGGCGAGGAAGUUGCCCUCUAUCUUGGUGUUCCAGUCGAAUUUUCCUGACCAACGAGCAGCAAUCAAUAUAUAAGAAUAGCAAGUAUUAUCUACUGGGAGAUGUUCAUCAAGGAGAUGUGUCUCUGACAAUUGUGAACGUAACAGAAGAAGAUUCAGGAACAUACUGUUGUCGUGUGGACAUAAGUGGCUGGUUCAACGAUCUGAAACAUAAUAUUGAAGUUGUGAUUGAGAAAGGGAACGGGAGUCCAACUUCGGCUAGAGUACCAGCUACUAUACACUUCACUGAAACUUACUUUGCUUUGGAACCAAGAUGGAUGUCCCACACACAAUCCCCACAGGAUAAUAUCUCUGUACAUUCUACCACACUAAUAAGAGAGCAAAGAAAAGAAGAACCUUCAAGGACAGUCCUAUAUGUUGGCACUGGAACAUGUGCAGUAUUGUUGCUCAUUGUGGCAAUGCUGGCACUUAAGUGGUAUUUACACAAGAAGCAGAAGAUGAGUAAUUCUAUAAGUCAGGUGGCAAUCUCAAGCUCAGUCACUGGAGGAAUUCAACAUGUUAUGGAGACUGGUGUCCGUGCACCGGAAAAUAUUUAUGAGAUGGAUUUAAACAUGUCACACAUACUACUUCAAUGGAUCGUGAUUCAUAUUUGUAUAGUGGAUACCAUAUCUCAAACAGUAGUAAGAGGGGUGGUAGGCCAAGCCAUCACAUUGCCAUGCACCUAUCGUGUCCAAAACAGCCAUGACCUUACUGAUAUGUGCUGGGGCCGAGGCAGUUGCCCGAAUUCUAAAUGCAGCAACGAAAUUCUCCGCACGAACGGAAAGCGGGUGAUAUCAAGAAACUCAUAUAGGUACCAGUUAAGGGGAUCUUUGACCAGGGGAGAUGUGUCCCUGACAAUUGCAGGCCUGAAUGAAAGAGAUAAAGGAUUGUACUGCUGUCGUAUUGAAGUCCCAGGCUGGUUCAAUGACAUUAAAAUCACCUUGAAUCUACAGGUUAAUAGAGCAACAACUACAGUCUCUACCACAACAACCACAGUCGCCACCACAACUAUUGCCACCACACCUCAAGUGAUUAUCACCACAAGUACUACUUCUCCCUUAAUAACCACAGUUACUUUUCCACAAGCCUCUCCUUUUAUUUCAAAUAGCCCUGCUUCCCCAGCAGCCCCUACUGAUGUUCAUAUUCCAACAAUGACCACAUCUUUUGUGACGACAGACACGGCUUUUCUUACAACUGUUUCUCCAUCGGUCAGCUUCAAACCAUCACCAACCAGUCGUCAGGAUGAGUUGACCGAAAACGUCUGUUGUUUUUUUACCACAGUCACUGCCCCUCCAGCUACAGAAUCUCCUCAGAGAACUGUCCCCUUCUUCUCAGAAGACCAAACCCUUCAGUCCCCCAAAAGCACUGUGGUUCACCCACAGAUGUCAGCGAAUUCCACCAGAAGCAGGAAUGGAAGUGAAAAUCCCCAACAUUCACAUGAUAAUCAGAAGUCAGGAACGGAAAUGACUCCAACAAAUAACAGCCAAAGCCAGUUUGGAAAUUCUGAUACGCUAGUAACAUAUAAGGUAUUUAUUGUAUUGGGUUGCUUACUUUUCCAACAAGCUCAGACUCCUGCCAUAUAUGCACACAGGGGAAAAGCAUGGAAUUUGGAGCAGAAACAUUAGCCAGUCAGAAAGGGGUUAAGU